AUGGAUACAACUGCUAACGAAGCCGCUCAAGUGGUAGCAUUAAUGGAAUCAGGGAUGCGUCAAUGUGAUGUUGCACGGCAACUAAACUUGAGCCGUUUUGCCGUUCGACGAGUUUUCCAACGUUAUCAAGAGACUGGUGGCUUUAUCCGGAGGCAUGGAUCAGGCCGACAACGCUGCACAACGGACAGAGAUGAUCGUUUUAUUGUCUCGACGUCUUUGCGCAAUCGAUUUUCCAAUGCUGUAGAGCUUCAACAGCAACUCCGCGCAGCUCGCAGUACAACAGUAAGCACCUCUACGGUUAGGAGAAGGUUAGGAGAACAAAAAAUUGUGGCCCGCAGACCUGCUACCGGUCCGAAACUGACUGCACAGCACCGCAAAGAACAGUUACAUUUUGCCCGUGAACAUUUUAAUUGGACGCUUGACCAAUGGAAGACUGUGCUCUUUNGAGGAGACAGUGGAGUAUGGAGGUGGAUCAUGCAUGUUCUGGGGCGGCAUUUCCAUCGAUAGCAAGACCGAGCUUGUGUGCGUUUCCCGAACUGGUGGCGCUCGAGGACAAGGAUCGCUAACUUCUGAUCGAUACAUUACAGAGAUCUUAGAAGAGCAUGUGGUACCAUAUGCGGGUUUUGUUGGAGAUGGGUUUAUACUAAUGCACGACAAUGCUCGUUCCCACACCGCAUUAAUUGUAAAAAAUUAUACGGAAGAGGUUGGGAUCCCUGUUAUGAACUGGCCAGCGAGAAGUCCAGACCUAAACCCAAUUGAGCACCUCUGGGACGAAUUAAAACGAAGAGUGCGGUCACAUGAUCCUGCCCCAACAACCCUCCAAGAUCUUCAAUAUGCUGUUGUUGCGGAAUGGGUGAACAUUCCUCAAGAACGCAUCGUACGACUCAUAACUUCUAUGAAAGAUCGUAUGGAAGCAGUAAUUAAGGCAAGAGGAAGUAGCACUAGAUUUUAA